AUGCUAUUGAAUAAGAAAACUUUGUUUCCUUUAGCCAGUCUAUUGGCUCACUUCGUUGCUGCCAAUGAAGAAGCCAUUGCUCCAGAAGACUCACAAGUCGUCAAGUUAGGCAAGGACAACUUCGUCGACUUCGUUAAGGACAACCAUUUAGUGAUGGCCGAAUUCUUCGCACCAUGGUGUGGUCAUUGUAAGAAAUUGGCUCCAGAAUACGUUAAAGCUGCUGAUACUUUGCAAAGCAAAGACGUAGCUCUAGCUCAGAUCGAUUGUACCGAUAAUCAAGAUCUAUGUAUGGGCCAAGGUAUCAGAGGUUAUCCAACCAUUAAGAUCUUCAGAGACGGUGACUAUGAAAAUGCUACCGACUACAACGGUGCUAGAACUGCAGAAGCUAUUGUUGAUCAUAUGAUUAAACUAACUUUACCAGUGGUCAUCGAGUUAGAAGAUGCUGAUGAUUUGGAAGAUUACAUCGAAGACGUUGCUCAAUAUGGUUCUAUUUUUGUUAACAAAGGUAUGGCCGACUAUAAUGAAACCUUCUACAAGACUGCUAAGAAAGCAUUCGGUAAACAUACUUUCAUCAACGUUCCAUUGGAAAAAGGUGAAACUCCAGAAUUGACUUUCUACUCAAAAUCUCUUGAAAAACCAAUCACCUUCGAUGGUGAUCUAAAACAAUUAGUCGAAAGUGACGAUUACUUGAUUAGAUGGGCUAGCAUCGAAUCUUUGCCAGCUUUCGGUGAAAUCAAUGCUGAAACUUACUCCGGUUAUUACGCUGCUGAAUUACCAAUGGGUUACUUUUUCUUCAACGACGAUGAAGACGUCAAAACCGUUGAAAAAUUAUUUGAAUCCUUGGCAAAGACUUACAAAGGUAAGAUACUUUUCGCUAAAUUAGAUGGUUCCAAAUUCGGUAGACACGCUGAUGCUCUAAACAUGAAACAGCAAUUCCCAUUAUUUGUUAUCCAUGACUCUAAGCUUAACUUAAAAUAUGGUCUCCCACAAUUAUCUGAUGAAGAGUUCGAGAAAUUAGACGGUAAACGUAUUACCUUAAAUAGCAAGCAAGUAAAGAAAUUAGUUAAAGAUUUCGUUAGCGGCAAAGCUGAACCAACUGUCAAGUCUGAACCAAUUCCAGAAGUUCAAGAAUCUAACGUCACUAAGAUCGUUGGUUACACCCACGAAGAUAUUGUUCAAGAUGCCAAGAAGGAUGUCUUAGUUAAAUACUAUGCUCCAUGGUGUGGUCACUGUAAGAAAUUAGCUCCAAUCUACGAAGACUUAGCUAACUUACUACAAAGCGAAAAAUCUACUAAGGAUAAAUUCGUUAUUGCUGAAGUUGAUGCCACUUUGAACGAUAUUUCUUCUGUUGAGUUAGAAGGUUAUCCAACCAUCAUUCUAUAUCCUGCUAACAAGAAGGAUGAGCCAGUCAGAUUCGAAUCUCAAAGAGACAUUACCAACUUCUUGACUUUCCUAGAAGAAAACUCCACUAACAAAUUAAAGGCUACUUCUUUAGUUAAGGCGUACGAAGCCAUGAUUGCUGAACAAAAAGCUGCCGAAGCUGCUGCUAAGGCUGCUGCUGAAGAAGAAGAUGAUGACGAAGAUGAUGAAGAUGAAGAUGAAGAUGAAAUCGAACACGAUGAAUUGUAA